CCCAACCACGCCAGCCACAAAAAGCAGCGGAGGAGGCAGACCACGCCAGCCAGCGCGCCCGACUCGCCGUCGCCGCGGCCACGUCUCCCCUCCCAUGGCCACCAGCUCCACAGCCACCGCCUCGCUGCACCUCCUCCUCCCGGCCUCCCGCCGCCGCCGCCACUUCGUGCCUCGGGCCGCCCACUCCGAGUCCACCCCGCCCGGCGCCGCCUCCGUCGACCGCCGCCGCUUCAUUGCCCACACUGCCGCCGCGGCCGCCGUCUCGCCUCUCGUCUUGCCCCGCUGGACUCCCGCGGCGCGCGCGGACGGCGCGCCGGCGCUCUCCGAGUGGGAGCGCGUCUUCCUGCCCAUUGACCCCGGCGUCGUCCUCCUCGACAUCGCCUUCGUCCCCGACGACCCCUCCCAUGGUUUUCUCCUUGGGACAAGGCAGACAAUACUGGAGACAAAAGACGGCGGUAACACCUGGUUCCCUCGCUCCAUCCCUUCCGCAGAAGACGAAGAUUUCAACUACAGGUUCAACUCAGUAAGCUUCAAGGGCAAAGAAGGAUGGAUUAUCGGCAAGCCUGCAAUUCUGCUGCACACUUCAGAUGCUGGCGAGAGCUGGGAAAGAAUACCCUUGAGUGCCCAACUUCCUGGGAACAUGGUUUACAUAAAAGCUACCGGGGAGCAGAGCGCAGAGAUGGUUACUGAUGAGGGAGCAAUCUAUGUUACCUCUAACCGUGGCUACAACUGGAAGGCUGCCGUGCAAGAGACUGUUUCAGCUACUCUGAACAGAACAGUUUCAAGUGGCAUUAGCGGUGCAAGUUACUACACUGGGACUUUCAACACGGUGAACCGAUCGCCUGAUGGACGCUAUGUAGCUGUAUCCAGCCGAGGAAACUUCUAUUUGACCUGGGAGCCUGGGCAGCCAUUUUGGCAACCCCACAACAGGGCGGUGGCACGGAGGAUUCAGAACAUGGGGUGGAGAGCAGAUGGUGGACUUUGGCUGCUGGUGCGCGGUGGUGGGCUCUUCCUCAGCAAAGGAACCGGGAUAAGUGAAGAUUUUGAGGAGGUGCAGGUGCAGAGCCGAGGGUUUGGCAUCCUUGAUGUGGGCUACCGCUCACAGGAGGAGGCCUGGGCUGCUGGUGGCAGUGGCGUGCUGCUGAAGACCACAAACGGAGGGAAGAACUGGGUGCGCGACAAGGCUGCCGACAACAUCGCCGCCAACCUGUACUCCGUCAAAUUCCUUGAUGACAGCAAAGGCUUCGUGCUGGGCAAUGACGGCGUGUUGCUUCGAUAUCUUGGCUGAAAGAGUGCUGGAAGAUCGGUUUCAGUGAUCGUAUGUAACCCCUUUUUGUAUUGUACGUGACGUAACGAAGGUAUAUUAUGGAGAUACAUACAAUUGUUCGAUUUAUACAGCAUAUAUAUGUGUAUGUGUACAACGGCAUCUACUGCUACUCCUACUGUAAAAGACUGCUGACUGUGCUUGCAUUCUCUCUUCCGGAACGCAAAUGAGUGUAAAGAUGUGCUGCUUGCUUGGAACUUCGAAACCAACCGUGUAUAUACUACUACUGUAUCUGUA